AUGAAUACACCGACAUCCCAAGAAGAAGGCGCACAAGUAUCACGACAUUCCCUCGGACAGACACAGCGAGAUACCGACACCUCUGCCACAGAACCCCCGAACCCAAGGCCAACGGCUCAGGCGAGCUCCAACUCUCAGACCUCUGGGCAAUUAUCGCGCGCGCAAUCAUUGUUUGCGGAGCUGCUCACCAUAGAGGAAUUCCAAUUGCCUCCGUCCGCUCGAGCUGCGAUUCAAGCGAGUUACCCUGAAUUUACCAACUUGCUUGUCCGGCCUUCUUCAACAUCAGUUUCCCAGCAAGUCCCUCUGUCAACAGGUCACGCGCAAGCAUCGAAGGCCAUCGUCCCUGAGUCAUCAAGAUCACGUCAACUUGCUCCUAAGCCUUCUCAGGCUUCUUCAACGCCCUCUUCUGGACAGCCCAACCCGAACCUUCGCUUGCCACCGUCUGCUCCAGUUGCGAUUCAAUCAAGCAACCCUCAACUCGCUGCCUGGCUUGUCCCGCCGCCCUCGACAUCCAACUUCCAACAAUCAGCUCUGACUCCUAAUUACGCGCCAACAUCUUCGGCCAUGCUUCCUGAGUCCUUGAGGUCUCAUAAACCUGGUCCUCAUCAAUCCCAGACAUUUGCGGCUUCAUCAUCGAGACAGCCCAGCCCGAACCAUGUCCGUAUGCGCACCACGACCCCUCCAGCUGCUCCUCUCAGGCCGCCCAAUCGACCCGAUCUUUCUCUCGAACCUAGUGCGCCCAUCUUACCCAGCGCGCCCGCUUCACCCACUCCGCCGACUACCACUACCUACACUCCGGUAGCCGCAGGGAUCUGUGGGGAGGAGGAGGAGAAGGAUGACAAGGAGGAGGAGGCAGAGAAACAUGGAGAAGAGGACGCUGACGAGGAAAGCAACAACGAAGUUUUGGAAUACGUCACAUACACGAAGAACAACCACGAGGAGAGAGACGAGGAGGAGGGAGACAAGGAGGAAAGCAACAAGGAGGAAGACAGUAAUGUAGAUGAUGAGAAUGUAUGUGAGAGCCUGGAAGACGACAUCGACGAGGACAACGACGAAAUUGACGAGGGACACGUUGAUGAGAGCCACGUUGAUGAGGGUCACGCAGAAAAGAAUGAUCACGACAAAAACAACGGUCACAAUAACAACAAUAGUACCACUGACAACGGUGCCCACGAGCCCUACGAUUGGCGACGUUGGCACGAGUACAUGUGUCGAUAUUGGAGAGGAAAGGGGGAGGGAGACUACUGCUCUGGUUGUUAUUACGAGGGAUGUGAGAAUAGGCAUUUUGCUCACUACUUCCAUCCUGGAGUUAUAGGAGGGGAUUACGACUUUGGCGACGACUCUGCUGAGGACGAAGAUGAAGACAACGGCGACGCCAGGGGUGACGAGGAUGACGAAUGGGGUUUGUAUAAACCUCCCGCUGAAAGUGCAAGUGGAUCUGGGUUUGGAUCCGGCUCUGGAGACCUGUCAGACGGGAUGUUGAUAGCCAACCUACAGCUAAGGGAGUAG